AUGUUGGCUUUAUCUCCUCCCACGUUUUCAACCGUUGGAUGGCCCUUAGAGGAUCCCAAAAGUCAUGACCAGAACUACUUCUACAGGGAUAGGUUUACGGAUCAAAUUGCAGAGUCGUUUCUUCAUAUCCUUCCAUCUCAGCUGCCACAAGUUGAGCUUGCUCGUUCCACACCAUCCACAACUGUAAGCAGAGAGUACUCCGGCGGUUCCACGAUGGUGAAGAAGCUUCACCAUAAUGCUAGUGAGCGUGAUCGUCGAAAGAAGAUCAACAGCUUGUAUUCUUCGUUGCGUUCACUGCUUCCUGCAGAUCAAAUGAAGAAAUUAAGCAUUCCAAACACAAUUUCGCGUGUGGUGAAAUACAUACCAGAGCUCCAAAAGCAAGUGGAGGGACUAAUUAGAAAGAGGGAGGAGCUUUUGUUAAGAAUUUCUAAGCAAGAAGAUCAGGAAUUGCAUGAAGAGAAGAAAAUGAAAAGCACAGCUGGGAGCUCAUUAUCUGCCGUUUCAACUUACCGUCUUAACGACAGAGAAGUUGCGAUUCAAAUAUCCACCUCUAAGACCCACAAGAAUCUAUUAUCUGAGAUCUUGUUAAACUUGGAGGAGGAAGGGCUUCAAAUGCUAAAUGCUUCUUCCUUUGAGUCCUCUGGAGAGAGGGUCUUCUAUAAUUUACAUCUUCAGGUCGAAAGAAGUUAUAGAUUAGAAUGCGAGAAUUUAAACGAGAAGCUCAUGUCCUUCUAUGCCUGA